ACGGUAUGACCCCCGCCGCCGGUUUUGGCCGACCGACCAAACAUUCCUAGUCAGCCCCCAAUAUAUAUAAUACUCUCCAUAUUCAUAUCUCUCAAACGCAAUCCCUCUUUCAUUUUCCUUUUUUUUUUAAAACAGAAUUGGCGUCAAAGAUUCUCAGGAUACAACUUUCUGAGCUCUAGAGAUGUUAGAGCAGUUAAUCAUAUUUACAAGAGGAGGUUUAAUCCUCUGGACUUGCAAGGAGCUUGGGAAUGCUCUUAGAGGAUCGCCCAUCGAUACCUUGAUAAGGUCCUGCCUUUUGGAGGAAAGGUCAGGCUCUGCGUCGUACAAUUAUGAUGCGCCGGGUGCUUCAUACACUCUUAAGUGGACAUUUCACAAUGAUCUAGGGCUUGUUUUUGUUGCUGUGUAUCAGCGUAUUCUCCAUCUCUUGUAUGUUGACGAUCUGCUUUCUAUGGUUAAGAAAGAGUUCUCGGAGAUUUAUGAUCCAAAGCGGACUGCAUACAACGACUUUGAUGAUAUAUUUCAACAGCUUAAGAAGGAAGCUGAGGCUCGUGCGGAGGAAAUGAGAAAAUCAAAGCAAGUGGGCAAGCCUAUGAACAAUAACCUUGCCAGGAAGCUAGGAAAUGUGCAAAAUGGAAACAUGGAUGGAGGUAAUAAAAAAAAGAGUGGAGGUGAGCCUGGAAAUGACUGUGACAGUGACAAUAGCAAAGGGCGUCCUUUAGAAAAUGGAAAUAUUAGCAAUAAUCAUAUUGGGAAAGGGGAAGCAACUAUGAAGGUUAAAAAUAAUGGAAAAGAGAAUGGUGUUUCCAAUACUGGUGCUUUUGAUGUAAAUAAGCUACAGAAGCUUAGGUCGAAGGGUGGAAAAAAAACUGAAAAUGUAUCGAACAAGGGUUCCAAAGUGGAGCCUAAAAAGAUCACUAAAAAGAACAGAGUUUGGGAUGAUUCACCAAAAGAGGCAAAAUUAGAUUUCACUGAUCCAGGGAGUGAGAAUGUGGAGCAGCAGCACAUAUCAGUUGUAGCUGCAGAUCAAGGUGAGAGUAUGAUGGACAAAGAGGAGGUUGUUAGCAGUGACAGUGAAAGUGAAAGCGAAAGCGAGGAGGAAGAGACAUCAAAGGAUAACAAGGUUGAUGGAAAGAAGAAAGGGGGGUGGUUUUCAUCCAUGUUCCAGAGUAUUGCCGGUAAAGCAAAUUUGGAGAAUUCUGACCUAGAACCAGCUCUUAAAGCUCUCAAGGACAGACUUAUGACCAAGAAUGUGGCAGAGGAAAUAGCUGAGAAACUUUGUGAAUCAGUGGCGUCAAGUCUUGAGGGCAAAAGGCUAGCUUCUUUCACAAGAAUCUCAUCAACAGUUCAGGCUGCUAUGGAAGAUGCACUUACCCGCAUUUUAACUCCUAGGCGCUCAAUUGAUAUUUUGAGGGAUGUUCAUGCUGCAAAGGAGCAAGGGAAACCUUAUGUUGUAGUUUUUGUUGGAGUUAAUGGCGUAGGGAAAUCUACCAAUCUUGCUAAGGUUGCCUACUGGCUUCAACAGCAUAAUGUUAAUGUUAUGAUGGCUGCCUGCGACACAUUCAGAUCAGGUGCCGUGGAGCAGCUGCGUACCCAUGCACGAAGACUCCAGAUUCCCAUAUUUGAGAAAGGUUAUGAGAAGGAUCCAGCAAUUGUGGCAAAAGAAGCUAUCCAGGAGGCCAGUCGAAAUGGUUCAGAUGUUGUUCUGGUGGAUACAGCUGGACGAAUGCAGGAUAACGAGCCACUGAUGCGAGCUCUCUCAAAGCUCAUCUACGUCAACAGUCCAGACCUGAUUCUGUUUGUUGGCGAGGCACUUGUGGGGAACGAUGCUGUUGAUCAGUUGUCGAAGUUCAACCAGAAACUGGGUGACCUCUCACCCUCACCAGAUCCCCGACUGAUCGACGGGAUCCUGCUGACCAAGUUCGACACUAUUGACGACAAGGUGGGAGCUGCAUUAUCCAUGGUUUACAUUUCUGGUGCACCUGUGAUGUUUGUUGGAUGUGGGCAAUCCUAUACUGAUUUGAAGAAGCUCAAUGUGAAGUCUAUUGUGAAAACGCUUCUCAAAUAGUAGGAUCACAGCCUGCCUUGCUUUUGCUUUUGCUUUCUCCUAUUUUACUUGGAUUUCCAUCUACUAUGUUUGUUUCCCAAGCUUAACCCUCCCUGUUAUAUUACUACUACUACUACUGAAGGUGGUUUGUUCCUUUCUCA